UAAACAUUACACUUCCUUUGUGAAACGUAAGGGAAGGUUCUGUUCUGGAAACCUCCAAUUAUUUUCACGGGAUAUAAAACCUUAGUCGGGGAGCAGGUCUGAACCUUUGUGAAUUCAGAGAGGAGGCGGCGAUCGGAGUGGGAGGAACAGGUAUCGGGAGUAGGGGAUCAACGUAUUAUGAGACGUGAUCAAAGUGUUUUGAGUCCGUUUGGUCUUUUGAUCGCGAUUGGGAUCAGUUCAGCUGUUGCUGAAUUUAGGGUCCAUACCUCUGAGACACCAGUGACUGCUACCUACAGCCAAUCCACGGUGCUGGGAUGUAGCUUUACAGUUCAGGAUGAAUCAUCACUGAAAGGAUUAGUCAUCAGCUGGGAACGUGUUGAGACAGAGGAAGUUGUUUAUAGUUACUAUUAUGGAAAAGAGCAACUGAGUCACCAAGGCCCUCGCUAUUCAGGAAGGACAAGCUUAUUCCUCGAGGAAUUAAAACAUGGGAAUGCUUCAGUGAAGCUGGAACGAGUGAGACCAGAGGAUAUUGGACAAUACAAGUGCUUUGUCAGCAAUACAAAAGGAAAUGACCAGGACACGGUGUCCCUAAUAUUUGCUGCAUAUUACAAGGAACCUAAUUUUUUUAUCCAAUUAAAGCCUUCUGGGACAUUGUUCAGAUUUGAAUCUCAAGGUUAUCCAAAGGCUUUUGUUUCCUGGUACAAUGAAGAAAAUGAUAUUUCUACACUGUCUGAGACCUUCUACCAACAAAAUGGAGAUGGUCUCUACUCACUGCAGAGUAUUCUGGAAAUUAGUGAUGACAAUAGAAGUCCUAACUACACGUUUAGAUUAAGGAAUGAUGUGCUACAUCAAUCAAUUUCUCGAACAUUUGGUCUUUCUAUAGAAAUGAAAACGCCUGAAGCUCAUAAAAUAAAUCAGUGGUCACUUACAAUCCUUCUCCUUGUCAUUGAAUUUCUAAUCUGUUUAAUUCUGGGAGCUGUGUACAUGAAACAUGUUCAACAGAAAAUUAGGGAAAAUCAAAAUGGAUACUCCAAUUCUUGAUGGAUCAUUCAAGAAAAUGUGUAAUUGGAAACUGAACUGUUCUAUAAGCCCUGAAGAUGGCUGGAGUUACUGCUUUUUAGUGUUGUCCGAAUUUGGACAUCAUUUAACCCUUCAAACUGUUGAAAAUCAAGUGCCAUCUGAUUAAUCCUUUUCAUAUUUGUUAUCUCCAAGGACUUCAUUUUUUAAACACAUUAUUUAUCUUCUACUGGAUCAGGUGAUAUGAAAGUUUAGAUUUAUUUUUGUAUAAAGCUGAAAAUAUUGUCUUGCAAACAAUUCAAUGUACUUCAUUUAACAUGAGAGGAAUUUGAAAAUUAUGUAUUGUUCACAUUUUAAGUAAACAAAAUGAAUUACA